AACGCCACCGCCCACCCUAUCCCACCGUCCAACCCGAAUCCAACGGCCCUAACCCCCCUCCCUCCUCCGGCAAGCCACCACACCGCGCCUACGUCCUCGCCGUCGCCCCCGCCCAUAAAUACCUCUGCUUCGGUCGCUGCCACCCCCGCCUGCCCGAAUCGCGUCCAGGUCCCUGGGAGUUCCGCGGAGAGUGCCCCUAGAGUUGUUCCGUUCUCGCAUUUAGGUCCCUCGCCCGCCGGUGAGAGAGAUGGCGUCGGAGCUGACCUACCGCGGCGGCGGGGCGUCCCCGGUCGCCGGCGCCAGCGCGGGGGGCUACUCCCCGAAGCCGUCCAAGCCGCUCGCGUGGCUGCACCGCGCUGCCCGCUACGCCGCCGCGGAGCACCGCCCGAUCUUCGCCCUCGCCGGGAUGCUCAUCGCCGCCGCGGUCUUCUCCAUCGCCUCACCCUCUGGUUCGUCCGGCUACGGCUACUCCACCGUUGCCGCCGUCUCAUCUUACUCCUCCUCCAACAACAACCCGCUCGCCCGCUUCUCCGUGGAGCCGGCCCACCGCGAUGUGGCCCGGCACUUCGUGGGCGGCAAGGUGCCCCUCGGCCUGAAGCGGAAGGGGCUCCGCGUGCUGGUCACCGGCGGCGCCGGGUUCGUGGGCAGCCACCUCGUGGACCGCCUGCUGGAGCGCGGCGACAGCGUGAUCGUGGUGGACAACCUCUUCACGGGGCGCAAGGACAACGUCGUGCACCACUUCGGCAACCCCAACUUCGAGAUGAUCCGCCACGACGUCGUCGAGCCCAUCCUCCUGGAGGUCGACCAGAUCUACCACCUCGCCUGCCCGGCGUCCCCCGUCCACUACAAGUACAACCCCGUCAAGACAAUCAAGACCAAUGUGGUGGGGACCCUGAACAUGCUCGGAUUGGCGAAGAGGAUCAAUGCCAGGUUCCUCCUCACCAGCACCAGCGAGGUCUAUGGUGAUCCCCUCCAGCACCCUCAGGUGGAGACUUACUGGGGCAAUGUCAAUCCCAUCGGUGUCAGGAGCUGCUACGAUGAGGGCAAACGUACGGCUGAAACACUGACCAUGGACUACCACCGUGGUGCCAACCUUGAGGUGAGGAUUGCACGUAUCUUUAACACAUAUGGCCCUCGCAUGUGCAUCGAUGAUGGUCGUGUUGUCAGCAACUUUGUUGCUCAGGCGCUUAGGAAGGAACCAUUGACGGUUUACGGUGAUGGCAAGCAGACCCGGAGCUUCCAAUACGUUUCUGAUUUGGUUGAGGGACUGAUGAGGCUGAUGGAAGGGGAGCACGUUGGCCCAUUCAACCUUGGUAACCCUGGCGAGUUCACCAUGCUGGAGCUGGCCAAGGUUGUCCAGGACACCAUUGACCCGAAUGCACGGAUCGAGUUCCGUCCCAACACCCAGGACGACCCACACAAACGCAAGCCCGACAUAAGCCGUGCCAAGGAGCUCCUCGGAUGGGAGCCGAAGAUCCCCCUCCGUGAGGGCCUUCCCCUCAUGGUCAGUAACUUCCGCAAGCGCAUCUUCGGUGACCAAGACACCGCCGCCGCCACCGGAAACCAUCAGGGCUAGGAAAGGGCAUAAGACUCGAGAAAUUUUGGUGGCCUGCUUCUAGCUGCCUGGUUACUCUCCUUACUGACAAAGCUAUGGCCGCGUAGUUCUUUGGGAAUGUGUUACUAAAAUGCCUUGGUAGCUGCUGUAAUGUUAUUCUUUUUCUUGUAUUUUCUUCUUCUUUCUCUUGAGUCUCAGCUAUACGAAAUUUUCAGUUGAACCGAUGGAGAUAAAUUUGGAAGAUCUAAUUCUUUGUUGAGAGCAUA